AUGGCCGUGGCAAAGGGCGCAGUGUCUUCUGCGGCACCCUUAGCCCUGGCGCUAGCCCUCGUGAGCCUGGCCCCGGCGCUCUCUCUGGGAGGAUGCCCGUCGGCUUGCCGGUGUUUCGUGACCAUGCUGCAGUGCUUGGAGCCUGACGGGAUCGCCAGCAUCCCGGCUCUGGCUCCUCAAGAAAGCGAGAAUGUGACGGAGAUUUACAUCGAAAACCAAGCCGGCCUGGAAAAUAUCACAGAACUGGAUCUGGGUAACUACAAAGAGCUAAAGAACCUAACCAUCACAUCGUGCAAGCUGAGGUUCAUCGCCCCCAACGCCUUCCAGCACAACCCCAAGCUGCAGUACGUGAACCUGGCGUCAAACUCUCUGGAGCACAUCUCCUGGAGGGUGUUUCAUUUUCUACCUCUACUAAACCUCGUCCUCCUGGACAACCCGUUGCUCUGCUCAUGUGACCUACACUGGUUGCAACACUGGCAACGAAGCGACCGCGGCGACCUGGACAACCAGAUGUUGACUUGUCUGUCCAGCGGACAGGACGUUGUGCUCAAUACGUUGGUCAUAGACAACUGCAGUCUGCCGGAGGUGACCAUUCUGCCCUCCAACAACAAGGUUCAAGAAGGAGGCAACCUGACUUUUGAGUGUCAUGUGACAGGAAAUCCCACCCCUCAAGUGAGAUGGCGAACAAGGUCUCUCCAUUCCCAUUUCAUUGUCCAGGAGAGGAUCUGGGGCUCCACACUGGAAGUGGUCCUCUACCUCACCAACAUCUCCUCCGGGGACCACCUGCAUAAUCUGACAUGUGAGGCCGAGAACCAAGCCGGUCCCGGAGAGGACAUGGUGCAGCUGGACAUCGAGUUUCGUGCCAAAAUCCUCUACUUGCGGAACGCCGUCCCGCAGCACCAUUGGUGUUUUCCCUUCGCCGUGGACGGCAACCCGGAGGUGAACAUCAGCUGGCUGUACAACGGCGAAGAGCUGAAAGAGACGGACUACACGUACACGCAGAUCAUUCCCGACUCCACCGACGGCUCGGAGAAGCACGGCUGUCUCUUCCUCAACAAGCCCACCCACAUGAACAAUGGCCAAUACACUCUGAUGGUGGAGAACAGGCUGGGGACGGACGAGGCCACCGCCAGUGGGAAAUUCAUGGACAACCCCUUUGACCCGUUUGAUCCGGAGGGGAUCAUCCCUGUCAUCAAUGUGGAUCCAAUUCCUACAAACAAAUCCGACAUGGACGUCACGGAGAACCUAGAGAGUCGAGUGUUUGUGGUGUCUGUCGCUGUGGGUCUGGCUCUAUUUGCCUGCAUGUUUCUGCUCGUCACGGUGUUGGUUGUCAACAAAUGUGGCCAAAACUCCAAGUUCGGUAUACACCGCUCGUCUGUGUUGGGCGCCAAAGACGACCUGGCCGUGUCGCUGCGCUUUAUGAACUUCGGAACAAGCCCUCCUUCCUCCGACGAAGACUCGGGUCUGUCGAGCUUUGUGGAGAACCCGCAGUACUUCUGCGGCAUCAUCAAGGACAAAGACAUGUGUGUUCAGCACAUCAAGCGCCAGGACAUCGUGUUGAAGUGGGAGCUGGGUGAAGGCGCGUUCGGCAAAGUCUACCUGGCCGAGUGCGCCAACCUGAGCCCUGACUGUGACAAGAUGCUGGUCGCCAUCAAGACGCUGAAGGACGCCAACGAGUCCACCCGGCAGGACUUCCAGAGGGAGGCGGAGCUCCUGACCGUGCUCCAGCACCAGCACAUUGUUCGAUUCUACGGCGUGUGCACCGACGGAGAGCCGCUGGCCAUGGUCUUUGAGUACAUGAGGCACGGCGACCUCAACCGAUUCCUACGCGCUCACGGUCCCGACGCUCGCAUCCUGGAGGAGUCAAAGAUGCCGCCGCUGGGCGAGCUGACGCUGCCGCAGAUGCUUCACAUCGCCGCCCAGAUCGCCUCGGGGAUGGUCUACCUGGCAUCCCUACACUUUGUCCACCGUGACCUGGCAACACGCAACUGUCUGGUGGGGGAAGACCUGGUGGUCAAGAUCGGAGACUUUGGCAUGUCCCGGGACAUCUACAGCACAGACUACUACCGGGUGGGGGGUCGCACGAUGCUGCCCAUCCGCUGGAUGCCCCCGGAGAGCAUCAUGUACAGGAAGUUCACCACGGAGAGCGACAUCUGGAGCUUUGGCGUGGUGCUCUGGGAGAUCUUCACCUACGGCAAGCAGCCUUGGUACCAGCUGUCCAACAGCGAGGCCAUCGAGUGCAUCACGCAGGGCCGUGAGCUGGAGCGACCCCGUACCUGCCCCAAGGAGGUGUACCUGCUGAUGCAGGGAUGCUGGCAGAGGGAGCCCCAGCAGAGGAUGGUCAUCAAGGACAUCCACGCUCGUCUGCUCGCCCUGGUCAAGAACCCCCCCGUCUACUUGGACAUCCUCGGUUAAGGUGGGGGGGCCGGGGUGGGGGGGGGGGGGCACUGUGUGUCAAAUGUUUACUCUUACUAAAGUGAUGCCAUGCAUGCUUUCAUGGAGCAGUGAUGGCGAGUCAGCUGGAGUUGCUUUUAGCUGGGACCGAGGCCCCCGCAGGCUGGGAGUGGAACUACACCUCCACAAGCGGAAGCGGAGGGGGGGGGGGGUAUUUUUACACAGCAGACGCUCUGAUUUUCAAACAAAGUUUUGAUAAGACUGACUAUUUAAAAGGUGUACAGUACAUAACCUAAGUAUGGAGUAUUUUUUAACUCACACAGACAAAUAUUAGCAGAAUGUGUCCCGCCUUUUACGUGUUAAAUGUCUUGUAUUUGUUGGAAUCAAACUCACGUCUUUUACCGUAUUUCCUCUAAUAGUGGCCUCUGCACAACUGGAGAUGAUUAUCUUUGUCCCCCCCACUGAGGGAAAGAAAUCAACUAACUGGCAACCUCACUUCCGAGACGCUAAUGUGUCGCUAGAGCCCAUUCAUGAGCACCUAGCAUGAGAAAAAGGGAACUCAAACACGCAAACAAAAAAAAAAUUGGAAGGAAAAACUCCUUCCUCGUAGCCUGGCUAGACGAGCUCGCCCGUGCACCCAUCACUUUGUAAAAAUACAAAUAUAAAAACAGGCUUCACUUCACAUCUUAAAAUGACGCUCUGCUAACUAGCAAUCAGUCAGCUACUUACUUAGAAGCUGUAAGUUUGACUGUUGAUAUUGUUCAGUGAAUAUGCUAACCUAGCAUGAUGUUCAAAUGUAAUGUUAGCAUGUAUCAUCACAUAUGAUAUGUUGUAUGUGAUAUAUAGCAUCUGCUACCUCGGACAAGUGCAGAUUAGCCGUAAAGACGCUUAGCUUGACAGAUCCGCCGUGGCGACUCCAUCAUCAGGAAAAAGCAAAGUGUAGGGAUGCCAGGUAGACAUAUUGUACUAGCACAGUCAACAGCGUCGGGGGGGCACAUUUUGACACAUUUUCGUCCUUUUGUGUUGAGCGGUUCAAGAGUAGACGCGUUCCAACGGGCGUCCUUGUUUGUUCACGACUUUAUAUAUGGAUUUAACCCAGGGGUGGACACUUUGUUUUCCCAGCAAAGAUGACAAGUUAUAUAUACGGUAUGUAUGGCAAGAAACCACUGCUUGGUCAUAUAGGUGAAAAAAAAAUUUGGGACAUUUUUUUGACAUUUUUUUUGACUUUUUUUUGACUUUUUAUUGACUUUUUUUUUUACAUUUUCUUAAUAUUUCAGCUUUGUUCAUAAAUAAUUUUCAUAACAUAUAUACGGUAUGUAUGGCAAGAAACCACUGCUUGGUCAUAUAAGUGAAAAAAAAUUUUGGGACAUUUUUAUGACAUUUUUUUGACAUUUUCUUAAUAUUUCAUAAAUAAUUUUCAUAACAUAUAUACGGUAUGUAUGGCAAGAAACAACUACUUGGUCAUAUAGGUGAAAAAAAAAUCGACAUUUUUUUUUACUUUUUUUUACAUUUUCUAAAUAUUUCAGCUUUCUUAAAUAAUUUUCAUAACAUAUAUACAAUAUGUAUGGCAAGAAACCACUGCUUGGUCAUAUAGGUGAAACAUUUUUUUGACAUUUUUUUAAUGAAUGAAUGAAAUUUGACAUUUUUUUUACUUUUUUACAUUUUCUAAAUAUUUCAGCUUUCUUCUUAAAUAAUUUUCAUAACAUAUACGGUAUGUAUGGCAAGAAAGCCCUACUUCGUCAUAUAGGUGAAAAAAAGUGAAUUUUAUUUGACAUUUUUUUACAUUUUUUUGACAUUUUCUAAAUAUUUAAGCUUUCUUCUUAAAUAAUUUUCAUAACAUAUAUACAGUAUGUACGGCAUGUAUGUUCUAAUUAGAAUAAAACUUUUUCCACAACCUAAUUUUCCAAAAAGUUUUUGUUUGUUUCUCAUAUUUCAUCUUUUUUAUUGAAUAUUUCAGCUUUAUGCUACUAAAAUGAUGCUAUUCUGUUUUAAUUAAGAUUAAAAUUAAUUAAAAUUAAGAACGUUUUCAUUUUAAUAUUUGAAGUUUAUUUUUGUAAAAUUACUAGGGUUUGUUUUUUUACAAUUUUUUCUGUUUUUAUUUUUCUUGUUAAUGCUAUUUUUAGAAUCUACUUUUUGGACACCCCUGGUUCACCCAACUGGUUCACCCAACUGGUCACAGAUGAGGAAGUGUAGAAGUUGAGUACAUCAGGCCACUAUAUGAGGAAAUGCUGCGACCUUCAAAGUAAAAGCUCUGCACUGAAAUGCAGAGCCGGUGUCGGGAGAGAGAUGUGGAAUGCUUAAAAAAAAAAAAAAAAAAAAAAAAAGUCCAGUCCCGAGGAUGAAGUGUAAAUAUUGAUGUACAGUCCAGUGCCCGGUUUGUCCGUUUCCAUGUGUAGUAGAAUAUAUGAGCUUCCGUGUGUUUGUAUAUGCUGUGCCCGCCACAAUAAACCA